CCACAAAACCACAGAAAGAAUCACACUACUGAAGCGCAGAAAACACCCAACGCGAAUAAUAAGGGUCUCUCUCUUAUUAGUUCCCGUUCCCCACCCAAUCAAAACUAGCAGAUACUUGUCAGUGCCCAGCCCCUUCUCUCUCCCUCUCUCCCCCUCCCCCUCCAUGGCUCUCCUCCCUCAUCACUUCCUUCACUCACCCACCACCGUUCACCACCACCAUCCCCAGUCUCCUUCUUCCCAUCUCAAUUCCCAGCUCAUCAAAAACCCCUCUUUUCCCCUUUCCAAACCUUCCUCCACCUCCUCCAAGCACUUUUACCGCCCCAAAACCCAAUCUUUCGCCGCUCGCUGCUCCUCUUCCUCCUCCUCAUCUCCGCCGCCCGAGCGACCCGUCGCCAAUGACCUCGUCGAGCUGCCCCUCUUUCCGCUGCCGCUCGUCCUCUUCCCGGGCGCCGUCCUCCCGCUCCAGAUCUUCGAGUUCCGCUACCGCAUCAUGAUGCACACCCUGCUGCAGACCGACCUUCGGUUCGGCGUCGUCUUCUCUGACGGAGGCUCCGUCGCCGACGUCGGCUGCGUCGGCGAGGUCGUCAAGCACGAGCGCCUCGUCGACGACCGCUUCUUUCUCAUCUGCAAGGGCCAGGAGCGGUUCCGCGUCUCCCGCGUCCUCCGCUCCAAACCCUACCUCGUCGCUGAGGUCUCCUGGCUCGAGGACCGCCCUCCGCCGCGUCCGGCAGAGGGCGACGACCUUGAGGCCCUCGCCGCCGAGGUCGAAAACUAUAUGCGCGACGUCAUCCGCAUCUCCAACCGGCUCAACGGCAAGCCCGAGAAGGAGGGCGUCAUGGACCUACGCCGCAACCUCUUCCCGACCCCCUUCUCUUUCUUCGUCGGGAGCACCUUCGAAGGGGCGCCCAGGGAACAGCAGGCGCUGCUGGAGCUGGAGGACACAAGCGCCAGGCUCCGCAGGGAACGCGACACGCUCCGGAACACCCUCAACUACCUCACCGCGGCCUCUGCCGUCAAGGACGCCUUCUCACCGUCCAACUCUUCCUAACAAGCAUGUAUACAUUCUGCGGUGGAAGACUCGGAGAGACAAAUAGACAAACAGGUUGUACGCAAGAUAUGUUUCUUUCGCUCUUUCUUUCCUUGUCCUCGUUUUCCUUUAUCCUUGCGCCCUUUACUUCCGUCUUUUGUAUAGAUUUGUAAUAACGAUGAGUUCUAAAGUACUCUUUUUUUUUUGUUUAUCAA